CAUUCUGGAAGGAAUCCAAACCCUAACUAUAUAAACUCAAUCUUGCGUUUUAUUACUAAUCACAGUGGUGGCGCUGUGGUUUUCAUAGUCUUUUUCUUAGAUCUCUCUGUUUUUUCUGUUAAGAAACCUAAUGGCAGGAAAAGGAGAGGGUCCCGCUAUCGGAAUCGAUCUCGGAACCACGUACUCUUGUGUCGGAGUCUGGCAACAUGACCGCGUUGAAAUUAUUGCCAACGACCAGGGUAACAGAACGACGCCGUCUUAUGUUGGCUUCACUGACACCGAACGUCUCAUCGGUGAUGCCGCUAAGAACCAGGUCGCCAUGAACCCUAUCAACACCGUCUUCGAUGCUAAGAGGUUGAUUGGUCGUAGAUUCAAUGAUGCCUCUGUUCAGAGUGAUAUUAAAAUGUGGCCUUUUAAGGUCAUCCCUGGACCUGCUGAUAAGCCAAUGAUUGUGGUUAGUUACAAGGGCGAAGAGAAGCAAUUUGCCGCAGAAGAAAUCUCUUCUAUGGUGCUUAUGAAGAUGCGUGAGAUUGCUGAGGCCUACCUUGGUUCCACUGUGAAGAAUGCCGUUGUCACUGUCCCUGCGUACUUUAAUGAUUCUCAGCGUCAAGCUACCAAGGAUGCCGGUGUUAUUGCUGGUCUUAAUGUCAUGCGAAUUAUCAAUGAGCCUACUGCUGCUGCCAUCGCCUAUGGUCUUGACAAGAAGGCAACCAGUGUUGGUGAGAAGAAUGUCUUGAUUUUUGAUCUUGGUGGUGGUACAUUUGAUGUCUCUUUACUUACUAUUGAAGAGGGUAUCUUUGAGGUGAAAGCCACAGCUGGAGACACCCAUCUUGGAGGUGAAGAUUUUGAUAACAGGAUGGUGAACCACUUUGUUCAAGAGUUCAAGAGAAAGAACAAGAAGGACAUAAGUGGCAACCCCAGAGCUCUUAGGAGGUUGAGGACUUCCUGUGAGAGGGCGAAGAGAACUCUAUCCUCUACUGCCCAGACCACCAUUGAAAUUGAUUCUCUGUACGAGGGAAUUGAUUUCUACUCCACCAUCACUCGAGCUAGAUUUGAGGAGCUCAACAUGGAUCUCUUUAGGAAGUGUAUGGAACCAGUUGAGAAAUGUUUGAGAGAUGCUAAGAUGGACAAAAGUACCGUCCAUGAUGUUGUCCUUGUUGGUGGUUCUACCAGAAUUCCCAAGGUUCAACAACUUCUUCAGGAUUUCUUUAAUGGAAAGGAGCUAUGCAAGAGCAUUAAUCCUGAUGAGGCCGUUGCAUAUGGUGCUGCUGUUCAGGCUGCAAUCUUGAGUGGUGAGGGCAAUGAGAAGGUUCAGGAUCUUCUCCUCCUGGAUGUCACCCCUCUUUCGCUUGGUUUGGAGACUGCUGGUGGUGUGAUGACUGUCCUGAUCCCUAGGAACACUACAAUUCCAACGAAGAAAGAACAGGUUUUCUCUACAUAUUCUGACAAUCAGCCCGGUGUGUUGAUCCAGGUCUUCGAAGGUGAGAGAACAAGGACUAGGGAUAACAAUUUGUUGGGGAAAUUUGAACUUUCAGGCAUUCCUCCUGCUCCCAGGGGUGUUCCGCAAAUUACGGUGUGCUUUGACAUUGAUGCCAAUGGUAUCUUGAAUGUCUCUGCUGAAGAUAAAACUACAGGUCAGAAGAAUAAGAUCACUAUCACCAAUGACAAGGGUAGAUUGUCAAAGGAAGAUAUCGAGAAGAUGGUUCAAGAGGCUGAGAAGUACAAAUCUGAAGAUGAAGAGCAUAAGAAGAAGGUUGAGCAUAAGAACGCCUUAGAAAACUAUGCUUACAACAUGAGAAAUACCGUGAAGGAUGAUAAGAUUGGAGGAAAACUUGAUCCAGCUGACAAGAAGAAGAUUGAGGAUGCCAUUGAGGCGGCUAUCCAGUGGUUAGACAGCAACCAGCUUGCAGAGGCAGAUGAGUUCGAGGACAAAAUGAAGGAAUUGGAAAGCAUCUGCAACCCUAUCAUCGCCAAGAUGUACCAGGGUGGUGCUGGACCUGAUGUGGGUGGUGCAGCUGAGGAAGAAUACGCUCCAUCUGGUGGAAGUGGUGCUGGCCCGAAGAUUGAGGAAGUAGACUAAAUUUAGGUGCUUUCUACCUUACAAAUGUUGUACUUUUAGUCUUUAUGAUGCAUUUUUCUUUGAACUUUAACUGCUUGGUUUACAAGACAGUUUAUUUUACAAUAUUUC